UUUUUUAGUUUUUAUUGUCUCUAAAGUCAGAUAAGAGAACAGACUAUGAGUUUAACUGGUGUGAUGGGAAGAUUUGUUGUUGCCCUUCUCUCUGUGUCAGUGGUGCAGAGUCAGAGUGAAUAUGGAGUGACUUACACUGUCACUCACAUCUAUGCUGCAAAAGGAUCAACAGUGGACAUACAGUGCACCUACACAUACCCACCAAGAAAAAAAGAUCAAAGUACUGAAGUUCAAAAGAAGUUGUGGUACACUAAAUGGAUCAAAAACGUACCUGUGGAUCUAAUAACUGACCCAUACUACAGAGAUAGAGUGAAGUAUUAUUUUCAUGGGAAUAACUGCACUCUGAGAAUCACAGACCUGAGAGAGAGUGACUCAGCUAAGUACAUGUUCAGGUUUGAAACAAACCAGUCGGGUGGAAGUUUUAGUGGUUUAAAUGGAGUCAUUUUGUGUAUCACGGAUGCUCCAAAGCUUCUCUCUGUGUCAGUGAGUCCCUCUGCUGAGAUAGUAGAGGGCAGUUCAGUCACUCUAACCUGUAGCAGUGAUGCUAACCCAGCUGCUAAAUACACCUGGUACAAGGAGAAUGGUUAUGCACCUCUAAGUGAGGAACAGACUCUGUUUUUCCGCUCCAUUCAGUCUUCCGACUCUGGACACUAUUACUGCAUCACUAUAAAGAGCCUGGAGUUAAAGUGCUCUGGAUACAAAUUUAUUGAUGUGAAAUAUGCUCCAGAGCUUCCCUCUGUGUCAGUGAGUCCCUCUGCUGAGAUAGUGGAGGGCAGUUCAGUCACUCUGACCUGUAGCAGUGAUGCUAACCCAGCAGCUAGUUACACCUGGUACAAGGAGGAUGAAGACUCCCCUAAAACAUCAGAACAGAACUUCACCAUCAGCAACAUCAGACCUGAGCACAGUGGGAGUUAUUACUGUGUGGCCCACAACAACAAAGGGACUCAUAACUCCACCUUACAGCUGACUGUUGUAGCAGGAACAUGGAAGUUAACAGCUGCUGGAGUAACUUUUGCUGUUCUCCUCUCCAUCAUAGCCCUCUCUGUCUCCCUGUGGAUUUGGAAAUGGAGGUCCUCUAAGGAAUUAUUUCAACCUGGAAACAGAGCAGACAACAGAGAACAGAAACAGCCACAGGAUCAAGAAGACCUUCAGUAUGCCAGCAUCCAAUUCCCCAAAAUCCAGGCCGAUCCUCUCUACUCCAGCAUCAGAGGAACUCAGUCCCACAGACAUAUGAAGGAACAGGAGGUUAUCGAGUACACUGCUGUUAGAUUUAAGAGAGACAGUGGGGCCCUGAGGUGAAACAACUCCUCACACAGAAAUGUUCCCCACUACAAAGUGAACGGUUUGUGAAAUACAUAAACAACGUCAUUAGCCGUUUCUGGGUCCAAACUCCUCAUCAGGUCCCAAGGUCAAACAAACACUGUGGGAUCACUGAGAGCUAAAAACUGUCUAAAUUCUUUCAUCUGUAAUAAAAUGAUCAAUGUGGCUGC